GACAUCGUCUCAAAAAGGGCAAAAAGAGGUCAGAGGUCGAGAUGGGUUCGAUAUCGAGCGAGACCCGGGUGGCCCCGAUCCAAGUCCCCGAUGACGACGAAAACAUUUCAUUCGCCAUGCAACUCGCUAGCUUGGCCGAGUUGCCCAUGGUCCUCAAGACGGCUAUUGAGCUCGACCUCCUCGAGAUCAUGGCCAAGGCCGGGCCCGGCGCACGCCUCUCUUCCCGUGAGAUUGCAUCUCAACUCCCGACCAAGAACCCAGAUGCACCCACGAUGCUCGAUCGGAUCUUGCGCCUCCUUGCGACCCACUCCAUUGUCAUGUGCACCCUGCACGAACUCCCCGACGGUCGACCUGAGAGGCUCUAUGGGAUCACUCCGGUUUGCAAGUUCUUGACCAAGAACGAGGAUGGUGUUUCGGUCGCCCCUCUGUGUCUCAUGAACCACGAUAAAGUCCUCAUGGAAAGCUGGUACCACUUGAAAGAUGCAAUUCUCGAAGGAGGAGUCCCGUUCAACAAGGCCUAUGGAAUGACGGCAUUUGAAUACCCCCGUACUGAUCCGAGAUUCAACAAACUAUUCAACAAAGCCAUGUCCGAUGUUUCGACUAUCAUCAUGAAGAAGGUCGUCGAGACGUACAAAGGCUUCGAGGGCCUCAAGUCGGUGGUCGACAUUGGCGGCGGAACUGGCGCCGUGCUCAACAUGAUCGUCUCCAAGUACCCCUCCAUCAAGGGCAUCAACUUUGAUUUGCCUCACGUUAUCGCGAAUGCUCCGUCCUGUCACGGCGUCGAGCAUGUCGGAGGAGAUAUGUUCGUUAGCGUUCCUACAGGAGACGCAAUUUUCAUGAAGUGGAUAUGUCAUGACUGGAGCGAUGAGCAUUGCUUGAAGUUCUUGAAGAAUUGCUACAACGCGCUCCCGGAAGACGGGAAGGUCAUAGUGACCGAUCGCAUCCUUCCCGAACUCCCGGACACGAGCCUUGCGACCAAGGUAGCCUUUCAUGCAGACCUAAUCAUGAUGGUGCACAACCCUGGCGGGAAAGAGCGGACGGAGAAGGAGUUCGAGGCGUUGGCCAAGGCCGCGGGAUUCAAGGGUUUCCGCAUCGCGUGCAUCGCCUACGAUCACGUCAUGGAAUUCCUCAAGAAUUAAGGGUGGAUUAAGCUAAUGGGACCGAACAUGUAGACGUAUUGGAUGAUGAAGGAUAAUAUCAAGCUUCUUGUUUAUUAGCAAGAGCAUAAUAAAAUUGAUAGACCGAGUGUCGAUUGAUUUUACAUGAUGAUGUAAUUGGAGAACGCAAAAGAUGUUAUGAACAAUUCAGUUGCCGAAUUGCAAGUUACGAUCCUAAGUUAUUGUUCGUGUCCAUUAUUAACGAAUGCCUUCGCAUACUGGUGUUAUUCAAUGAGACUAAAAGCUCAUUAUG